AUGGACAAACGAUGUGGGUGCCCUCCAGGUGGGUGCAACCAUGGAACAGCAGACUGGAGGGAUCCAUGAUGGCCACCCAUGGGUGCAGUCCCUCCAGCACGAGCCAUGAACCAACUGGAUCUGAAUGUGAAGACUGAACGAGGGCUGACCAGAGUCACUAUGACAACAACCAAACCGGUAACAUGGGGACAGAUCAAGAAAACCACGCAGGAAGCUGAGAAACUGCUGAAGCGCCAGGGUCGAAAAACCCCUGACUCCAUGUUCUUGGCAACGCUAGCUGUAGUGUCCUGUGUGGGGUGUUUCCCCUGUGAAGAGGCCUGCCUCAGUAUCCCUGCCAAGCUCAGUUACUGGCUGGGAGCGGCUUGUGGGGAGCUUGAAGUCAGUGCAGAGCUGAAUUUCGGAGUGCUGCAGCUGGGCAUGGGCAUGGACAUGGGUUGA